AUGGUGGCUGCCGGAAGGAGCAGGGCGGAGCGGUGGAGCCUCGCCGGAGCAACGGCGCUCGUCACCGGCGGCAGUAGGGGCAUCGGGCACGCGAUCGUGGAGGAGCUGGCGGGGUUCGGCGCGCGGGUGCACACGUGCGCCCGCAGCGCCGCGGAGCUGGAGGCGUGCCGCCGUCGGUGGGAGGAGAAGGGGCUCGCCGUCACCGUCUCCGUCUGCGACGUCUCCGCACGCGCCGACCGCGAGGACCUCGUGGCCACCGCCAGGGCCGCCUUCGGCGGCAGGCUCGACAUCCUCGUGAAUAACGCGGGGCAGUCUCUGUUCAAGGCGGCGGCGGAGUGCACCGGCGAGGACUACGCGCGGGUCAUGGCCACCAACCUCGAGUCGUGCUUCCACCUCAGCCAGCUCGCGCACCCGCUCCUCCUCGCCGGCGGCGGCGGCGGCAGCGUGGUCCACAUCUCCUCUAUCGCCGGCCUCGUCGGGCUCCCGGCGCUCGCCGUCUACUCCAUGUCCAAGGGCGCCAUGAACCAGCUCACCAGGAGCCUCGCCGCCGAGUGGGCCCGCGACGGCAUCCGCGUCAACUGCGUCGCGCCGGGCGGAGUCAGGACUGACAUCAGCAGUGAUGUAAGCUUAUUACAUAACCUCAAUCAGCUGAUAGAAGACAACCCGGAGCUGGUGAAGAAGGAGAUGGCGCGGCUGCCCAUGGGGAGGAUCGGCGAGCCGGAGGAGGUGGCGUCCAUGGUGGCCUUCCUCUGCAUGCCGGCGGCGUCCUACAUGACCGGCCAAGUCAUCUGCGUCGACGGCGGCCGCACCAUAACUUAGCUAGCUAGCCACCUCAGUCGACUUUGUCACGUACGUCGAUCAUGUAUGUAGAAGUACGUGAUCGAGAUCAGGUGCCGGCACAUACAGUACAUUCUGUUUGUACAUUUGUGUGCAUUGUGCAGAGGAUUUCUGGUUUCGGUUUGUAAUCGACUUCCGUCGAAUAUAAUCCACCUCCCUUGUAAUAUAAUCUCGGUUUUCGCUAAUGUGAAUGUAAAAAU